GAUAUGUUCAUCUCCUUUAGCUACAAUGAGUAUGUGUGACCAUGUGUUCAAAUACUUUGUAAACUAAUUUUUAGGUUCUGAAAAAGAAAACGAGAAUGGGAAUGCAAAAGAAAUUUUUGAAACGAAAGCAGGAAAAUAUAGAAAUCAAUACUGACAAACAACAAAAUGCUAAAGCUUCACAAGAUUUGAAAAAUACUGAGGAUUCAGACAGUGAUGGUUUACUUGUAACUGAAUUAGAUAGUAACGAAGAUAGCACAGAUGAAGAAUUAGAAAAUGACGAUGAUAUACCUGAAUCUGAUGUAGAAAAAGAUCCAAUUGUUUUCACAUCAGAUGAAGAAGGUAGUGAAUUAGAAUUUGAGACUGAUUCGGAAGAUGAUGAUAGCAAGGAAAAUGAAGAAAAAGAGGAUGAGGACGAAGGUGAAGAAGAAGAAGAAGAAGAAGAAGAAAGCGAUAAUAACGAAGAGGAAAAGCAGAAAAAAAAUGAUGUUAAUAAAUAUAAAAAUAAAACUAAAAGCGAAAGUAAGGUUAAAAAAACUAAAAUAGAUUUAGACCUUAAACAGAAAAGUAAGAAGAAUAAGUACGUAAAUAAUUUUAAUGAAUUAAAGAAAGUAAAAGAGAAUUUAAAUUUUGGAGAAUCUUCAAAAUAUGAAAGAUGUAAUAAAAAACUAGAAAAGGAGAAUGAUACUGAUCCUCAGAAUAAUCAAGUAAACGUUUCAAAUGAAACAGAAUCAGCUAAGAACACUGAAUCGAAUGGUAAAAAUAAUGAUGACGAAUAUGAAUAUGACAGUUCAGAUGAAGAGGAUAUUCGUAAUACCGUGGGUAAUAUACCUAUGAAAUGGUAUGACGAAUAUGAUCACAUUGGUUAUAGCUGGGAAGGUAAAAAAAUAUUGAAACCUGAGAAAGGUGAUCAAUUGGAUAAUUUCUUAAAGCGUAUGGAGGAUCCAGAUUUUUGGAGAACAAUAAAAGAUCCUCAAACUGGACAAGAUGUUGUACUUAGCGAAACUGACAUACAGUUAAUUACUAGGAUACAAAAGCAAAAAAUUCCUGAUGUACAAUUCGAUGAAUACACUCCAUGGGUAGAAUGGUUUACUUCAGAAGUUAUGAAAACACCACUUCGUAAUUUUCCCGAACACAAACGUUCAUUCUUGCCUUCUAAACCAGAAGCCAAAAAAGUAUCAAAAUUGGUACAUGCAUUAAAAAUGGGCUGGAUGAAAUCCACAGCUGAAAUGGAAAAAGAGAAACAACAAAAGGGUAAAACACCAGACUUUUAUAUGCUAUGGCAAUCUGAUGAUCAAGCUGAAGAAAUGCGUAGGAUUCACAAACAUAUACCGGCACCUAAAAGACAUUUGCCUGGUCAUGCAGAGAGUUAUAAUCCUCCGCCAGAAUAUCUGUUCGAUAAGAAAGAACUUAAAGAAUGGAAUAAAUUAAAGGCAACUCCAUGGAAAAGGAAGUUACAUUUUAUUCCACAAAAAUAUACUUCUUUAAGAGAAGUACCUGCAUAUCCUAGAUAUAUCAAGGAAAGAUUCCGAAGAUGUCUAGAUUUGUAUUUGUGUCCUAGAGCAUUAAAAAUGAGAUUGACGAUAGAACCUGAAGCUUUGGUACCACAGUUACCUAGUCCAAAAGAUUUGCAACCAUUUCCAACCACAAUGUCUAUGGUCUUCAAAGGUCAUACAGAUAUGAUUCGAAGUAUUACAGUGGAUCCAAUUGGACAGUACAUUGCAUCCGGUGGAGAUGACAUGACGUUGAAAAUUUGGGAAAUAGCUACAGGCAGAUGUACAAAAACCGUGCCUUGCAAUGGUGUAAUUAGAAGUGUCGCUUGGUGUCCUAAUCAAGCAAUGUCUCUCAUAGCUGUUGCAGCGGAUAAAAAAGUUCUCUUAAUAAAUCCAGGAGUUGGUGAUCAUCUUAUUACUACUAAAACAGAUCAAUUAUUAGAAAUAAUACCACAAAGUGAUGUUAUAGUUAGCGAAAGGGUAAGAUCAGCUGUACAAUGGGAACAACAGGCAGAGGGUGAAUCGUGGAAUAAAGGAAUUAGAAUAAUAUUAAAUCAUUUUAAAACCGUAAAGCAAGUAACAUGGCAUGGUAAAGGUGAUUACUUUGCCGUAGUUAUGCCUGAUGGACAAAAUAGAUCUGUUUUAAUAAAUCAAUUAUCAAAAAGAAGAUCCCAAUUACCAUUCACUAGAUCAAAAGGUUUAAUACAAUGUGUAUUGUUCCACCCAAUAAGACCUUUUCUGUUUGUUGCGACUCAGAGAAAUGUUAGAAUAUAUGAUUUAGUGAAACAAGAAAUGGUGAAAAAACUAUUGUCAAACUCACAAUGGAUAUCAACAAUGGCAAUACAUCCUGGCGGUGACAAUAUUUUGGUUGGCACCUAUGAUCGUAAAAUGUUAUGGUUCGAUUUGGAUUUAAGUACGAAGCCAUAUCAAACGUUACGUUUACAUGGUACAGGCGUACGUGGUGUAACUUUCCAUAAACGUUAUCCACUUUUUGCUUCUGGUGCCGAUGAUAGGAGCCUCAUUGUUUCACAUGGAAUGGUGUACAAUGAUUUAUUACAAAAUCCUUUAAUAGUACCAUUGAAAAGAUUAUGUAAUCAUGAAUCAUAUAAUGAUUUUGGAAUUUUGGACGUCAUGUUUCACCCUACUCAACCGUGGGUCUUUUCUGCAGGAGCUGAUUCAACGAUACGAAUGUAUACAUAAUACAUUUAUUAUUUGUUAAUUAUUUUGAUAUAGAAACAAAGAAUGUUGGAAUAUCAUUCUGUGGCAGAAUUGCAAUAAUGUACAUUAUUGCGUCUAAAGUAUUAUAUAUUUUCCAUAUAUAAUAAAUUAUAAUGAAUGAAAUGUAAAAAACGAAA